AUGCGGCCGUUUAUCCUGUUGAGCGCGCAGCUGCGCGCAGCACUCCCUCGGAGUGUGCGAAGAGACCUUAACAGUAAACUGUUUACCCGAUUCAAGACGACCCAGAACCCCGUCCAACCGCCAAAGAGCGAGCUACCUUUUAUCAAACGCAACACUACGGCGCCCCGGAAUCCACAGCCAUCCCCGGCCAAGCAUGCGAAGUUGACCUUCCGAAAAGGGCCACCGGAACGCAUUGUCAUUUACCAUGGCGGAACUGGAAAGACGGUCAUCCUGGGGACGCUGAGGAUGACGACGAUAUUCAUCUUCGGUGUUUCCUGCUUCUUGGUCGCCCCGGCGUUCAACUCCGACGAACAUCCGUGGUAUCUUGCUCCGGCCAUUGUGAUUGCCAGCGCCUUCCCCAUGAUCUUCGUCUCCUGGACUUCGGCUCCAUAUGUCACCUUUGUACACCUUGCGCUCCCAGUCUUUGCCCGACGCUCUCGGGAGGCAACCAUUGAAUACGCAAAGAACUUGCCGCCCACGGCCACCUUAUACAUGACCACCAUGAGAUCGACGUCAAUGCCUCUCAAGACGGAAAUGCGGAUGGGUGAUUUGGUGCCGAAUAAGUCUCUCAUUCGACCCGUGAGCUUUACCAAUUUGAACCCAGCGCCCUAUCGGUGGUGGGAGGGCAGACCUCCCCAGCACUUUUACACGGAUUCGAAGAGCAAGCGUGGGCGCCCGUCCACGACCUUCUACCCUGCAUUGUGGGAACAUGUGUACAAGCAGAUUCAGAAUAAUGGUGCGAUGAAGAAAAAAAUAAAAUGA